AAAUAAUGGCUUCUUCUGCUGUUAGUGACGUGGAAAUAUAGAAAUAGGCACAAUAGUAAUAAAAUAAUAUCCUUGCAAUUUUGAAAUCAGGAAAUGCAACAGUAGUGAAUGAAAAAUUGUAAAGAUGUAGAGACUUUAAGGAGGGUAAGGAUAUUUUAAUUCCAUUUUGUUACAAAGGUAAUUUUAAAUGAUGAAAGUAUAGAAAAUUCCCCGAAGGAAGAGUUAGUUUUGGAGCAUGUUCAAUAAUUCCAAAAGCAGUUUCAAUUACAUUAUGAUGAAAAGAGAAAUCUGUUUUUGUAUCCAAAAAAUGAGUGCGAUCUGUACAAAUUUAUCUGUACAACGAUACGUCCUUAAAAAAUUGGAUAUUUAGAACUAUAUAAUUAUGAAUAGUGUGCAAGAUAUAUGAGUUUUUUUAUAGCUUAUGAAUAAUUGGAUCCUCCUGAUUAAUUUCCAAAAGUUAUACCUAGUCCAACUAAUGUAGCUAGAUGGUAAAAGGGAGAUUGUUUUGAUUUAUCAAUAUUACUUUGUAGUGUUUUAAUAGGAGUUGGUUAUGAUGCAUAUUGCGUUUAUGGAACAGCACCAAGAUCAAUAACAAGUAAGAAUGAAUCAGAUCUGGAUUAUAUAUUUAUAAAUAAUGGAAUUAAAGAGGAUGAUGAAAAUAUAGAUAAAGAUAAUGAUGAGCUUAAAGAUAAUGAAUUUGCUAUUCUCCCAAAAGAAGAAAUAAUUUCAAAAUAUGAUACAAAAAUCCAAAAAUAAAAAGAAGAAUAUGAAAAAGAAUAAAGAAGAAUAGCCUUAACUAUAGAUGAUGAUGAACCAGAUCAAAUGGGUUAAGAUUUUUAUGCUGGAAAAAGAAUUCAUUGUUGGAUUCUCUUAAAAGCAGGAAAAAGAGGAGUUGAAAGAAAUCUCUUUAUCGAACCUUCAACUGGUAGAAUCUAUUAAAUUAAUGACAGUCCUUUUUUAGCUGUAGAUGCUGUUUUUAAUAAUAAAAACUUUUGGAUUAAUAUGAAACUUGAAUCAAAGGUAGCUGAUCUAAAUUUUGAUGAAAUGGAUACUUCUAUGAAUUGGGAAUAUGUUAUGCUUGAUACUAUGGUUGAAUAAGCAUAAUAAGAUGAUGAAGAUUAUAAUUAUGGAGAAGAUCAUAAUUAAUAAUAGAAACAAAUUGACCCACAAUAAUAAUAAUUAUAAGAUAUUGCAUAAAUUUUAGAUAUGCCUCCUCCAUGGCCUCCCAAAAUGUUUAUUGAUAAAGAGGCUUUUCUUAAAGGAACUCCAUUAGGAGAGUCAACAGUUUUUUAUAAGAAAUGUAAAAUUGACUCCUAUGCUCCAUAUUCAUAAGAAUUAGAUGGGCUUGUUUAGAGAUUUACCAUUUAUUAAGAUUAUAAAAGAUUAAAAGUUCAUGAAAUUAGAUACUUUUAUAAACACAGAUCUGACAAAUUAGUAUUAAAAAGAAGAUUCCCUUAUGAAUUUAAAACUAUUGAAGAGUAUGAACCUGGUAAUAAACCAUAAAGGAAAACUAUUACUACGAUUGAUAGAUAAUUGAGGAUUAUUCUAUAUUAUCCUACUAGAAAUCAUGAUGGAUUAAUCAAAAGAAUUGAAAAAAUUGGAGAAAAAACUAUUGAGGAAUAUGAAAAUAGAGACGAUAGAGUUAUAUAUAGAUCUGUUAGAUUUAUUAGUACUGAUAAAAAACCUGAACCUAAAGAUCUAGUCCAUAAUGAUAGAUAUAUGGGAAUAGUCAAAAUUACGAAAAUGACUUAAAAAUAUGAAUUAAGUGAACUCUAUCCAGCAAGUGAACAAUUAUAAAAAGUUGUAAUUGAUUUAGUCAAAAAUGUUAUUAGGUAUUAUAUUUUUUAAUUUUAGAGUCUAUUAUCACAUGAACAAAGGAGAAAUCAACCCAUAAUUUAAAGAGUUGAAAAGGGAGAACAUGCAUGGAUUAGGAAAAUUAACUGAACCUGGCGUAGAGAAAAAAAAUGAAGAUGCCUUGGUUUCACAAGAGAAUUAACGUAUUGCCAAUUUAGGUAAAUUAUCAAUAAUAUCUCUUCUUAGAGAAAGAAUGUUUAACACACAUUAAAAAUUAAGAGGAUGAAGUAAAAAAGGAUGAAGAAUAGCUUAGAUCUUAAGAUUUAAAAUUGGAAAAAACUCUUCAUGAUAAAGCCAGAGAAAGAUAUAAGGAAACUUUAAAAAAAUCUGAAGAGGAAAAACAAAGAGAAUAAGCAGAUAAGGAUUAUUUGUAUCCUUACUUAGAAAAGAGAAAACUCUAAGGCAAAGAAGUUCUCACAUACAAUGAGGCCUUGGAAAUACAAAAAGAUGUUAUGACUAAGUUAAAAGAACGGUAUCAAAUUUCAAAUCUAUUUAUAGCUUAUUAUCAAGAGCUGCAAUCAUUUAGAAAAAACUUGAAGAAGAAAGAGCUAAAUUAGAUCAGGCAGAAUAAAUGCAACAAAAGAAAUCUGAUCCUGAUGAUAAUGAAUAUAUUAAUAUUCAAUUUAGAAUAGACAUCCUUGAAUAAAGAGCUAUUAGAUUUGAAUCUUAAGCUCUUCUUAAAUAUGAAGAAAUGGAUAGAAAACUAAAAGAAGAUAAAAGAUUAUCUGAACUUAAGAAGAAAUGAAUAACGCU